CCUUCACAAACCCGUUCAUAACAUUACAUUUUUUUUUUUCGUCUAGCUCCCACGAUCUGCGAUAUGAACCGUGGUCCGAACUUGCGACGAUUACGGCAAUACAGUUGUCCCAUUUUCAUUUAUCAAAACACGACGACAUAGUACGCGAUAUCGCGAGUGCCGUUUGCCGACCAGGAAGAGUCAAGUGCCGGAUAAUAAUUGAUCGUUUCGUCAUUUUUCGUCAGUAUGCAAUUUUCGUUCAUCGCAUAAAUAUCGUCGCCGGCUUUUUUUUUUUUUGUCGUUUCGUGUCUAGUGCCGGAAACCACAAUACGCUCUAUCCGCCGGUUCCGUCCAGCGUCCACCGAUAUCCAUCGACGCCGUUGUCGGGCGACUCGCGCGCGCGAACCUAACCGUGUAUCAUAGUAUAAAACUCAAUUCCCCCUACCGCGCGCGCGUCUUUUGUGCCCGCGUAAUAUAGGUACCUAACGUCAUUAUCAGCGGGUACACACCUCGUACCACGUCCGUGUGCACUUUCCGCAAUUCCCCGACGUGACGACCCGCCGCAAACGCUCGCUCAGUAACGCCGAUAGUAUCGUCGCGGUCCGCUGACAACUAUUCGAUCACACCGAAAAUGGCGCAGAUACUACCGAUUAAGUUUCAAGAACACUUGCAGGUAAAAUCAUAAUGAUACGUUCUAUUCGUUAUUACAGUGAGUACCUAUUAACAGACGACCCGAGUGGCCGUCCGCUAGGUACACGCCGGAGCGUAGUAUUUAUUUUUAACGAAACUCGUAAACGAUCGGUAUCGGUAAAACCCGUACGUUACCGUUUCCGACACCCUAUGACUAAUCUUGCCUAUAAAUAGGUUACGCACUGUUUCCGUAAACAACAUAAUUAUUAUAUUAUGGCUGUGUGGUACAAUAUUAAUGAUUAUUCGCCAUACUCCUUGUAUGUAGGUACUAGGUACUGCUAUUGCUUCCAUUUCCUCUACUAUAAGCUUGUAGAUUUUUUUUUUUUUUUUUACUUAUUGCCUUUAGUGGCCUCAGUACUAUGUUAUCUGUGAACAAACUGACUGGACAGCUGCAGCCGCUUGCACGUAUAACAUGUCUGACGAUGAUGUCCUGUUACAUUGUAUGUGCUUAUCAUCUGCCAGGCGUUGUCAGAUCUGUCACAGAUAUUUCUAAAUGACGGGCGUUUAUUGCUCGGAAUCAUACUGCACAUAUAUGAGCUGUUGCUAGCCCUCUGUUGUCACCGUGUUGUAAUAAUAUUAGACAAAUUAAUUCUAGUCCAAUUUAAUGGGUCAAGGGAAAAAAAAAAAUUCUGAAAUGCAUAAUUUUGAGGCUGUAUUAUUAAAUAUGGAUAGGUAGGUGAUAAUUUAUGUGUUGAAUUUACUGCUUCAUAAUGAAAAUCUAUCUACCUAUUUUAUUUAACGACAGGCGUUAUUUUUGUACAUAUAUACUUUAAAUAAAUGGUUUUUUGGUUUUCCCUAUAGCUUACAAAUGUGGGCAUCAAUCAGUCAAACAUUAGUUUUAACACACUUACUAUGGAAUCGGACAAAUACAUCUGUGUUCGUGAAAAGACUGGUGAUGUUGCACAAGUUGUUAUUGUUGAUAUGGCCGAUCCACAAAAUCCAAUUAGGCGUCCAAUAUCUGCAGAUUCAGCCAUAAUGAAUCCAGCCAGUAAAGUGAUUGCACUUAAAGGAAAAGCUGGUACAGAAGGAACUGCUGCAUGUAAACAUUUUAAUACCUACUUGUUUCAAUAAUAAAUACAUUUAUAAAAUAACAAAAAUUCCAUAUUUUCUUUAGCUCAAAAGACCUUACAAAUUUUUAAUAUUGAGAUGAAAAGUAAAAUGAAAGCUCAUAUUAUGCAAGAUGAUGUAGUUUUUUGGAAAUGGAUUUCACCAAAUACUUUGGCUCUUGUUACUGAAACAUCAGUAUUCCAUUGGAGUAUGGAAGGUACAUAACUGUUUCUGCUAUUUUAAUCCUCUUACACAAUUUAAUAUCUUUUUGUAUUUAUUUUUAUAUUAAAUUGAUUUUUAGGUGACUCUACACCAGUUAAAAUGUUUGAUCGUCAUUCUACAUUGAAUGGAUGUCAGAUAAUUAACUACAGAACUGAUCAUAAACAACAAUGGUUAUUACUCAUAGGAAUUUCGGCUCAAGUAAGUUUGUUUAGAAAUUUCCUGUAUCAAUGUAUAUCAAUGAAGAAUCAUAAUUAAAUAUUAAUUUUAUUUUUGAAUUUAGCAAAAUCGAGUUGUUGGAGCAAUGCAGUUGUAUUCUGUUGAAAAAAGUUGUUCGCAGCCUAUUGAAGGUCAUGCUGCAUCAUUUGCGAGAUUCCAAAUGGAAGGAAACAGAGAAAUGUCUACAUUGUUUUGUUUUGCUGCACGUACAGCUGCAGGAGGAAAGGUAAUACAAUGUUUUAUAAUAUAAUAAUUAUUAGGUUUAUUAUAAUAAUCAUAAUAAACAUGUUUUAUUCUUAAAUUGUAUAUAUUUUUAAUUUGAUAAAUUUCAGUUGCAUAUUGUUGAAGUAGUACAAACACCCAGGGGCAAUCAACCAUUCCCCAAAAAACAAGUAGAAGUUUUCUUCCCUCCAGAAGCACAAAAUGAUUUUCCAGUUGCAAUGCAAGUUAGCUCCAAAUUUGAUGUAAUUUACCUAAUCACUAAGUACGGCUAUAUUCAUUUGUACGACAUUGAAACAGCUACUUGCAUUUAUAUGAACCGAAUAAGUGGUGAUACAAUUUUUGUUACUGCACCACAUGAUGCUACCGGUGGUAUAAUUGGUGUUAACCGUAAGGGACAGGUAUUGUCUGUUAGUGUUGAAGAAGACAAUAUUAUACCUUAUAUAAAUACAGUACUACAACAUCCAGAACUGGCUUUACGUAUGGCUGUCCGAAAUAAUUUAUCUGGAGCAGAAGAAUUAUUUGUACGCAAGUUUAACACACUCUUCCAAAGUGGACAAUAUACAGAUGCUGCUAAAGUAGCAGCUAAUGCACCUAAAGGCAUCCUUAGGACGCCUUCAACUAUACAAAAAUUCCAACAAGUUCCAACUGUUACAAAUCAAUCAUCUCCUCUUCUUCAAUAUUUUGGAAUAUUAUUGGAUCAGGUAGAAUAUUAUAAGUUUUGACCAUUAAAUAUUAUUUAAUAUUUACUAAAUAAUAUUUUAGGGCAAGUUAAAUAAGUACGAAUCGCUAGAAUUGUGUCGUCCAGUUCUUGCUCAGGAUAAGCGGCAAUUAUUAGAAAAAUGGCUCAAAGAAGAUAAAUUAGAAUGUUCUGAAGAAUUGGGAGAUUUAGUGAAAACUGCAGAUAUAUCGUUAGCUUUGUCUGUUUACCUACGUGCCAACAUUCCACCUAAAGUAUUAAUUAAUUAAAAAUCAACAUAACAAUUUCAAUCUAUUACUAUUUUUGUCAAUAGGUCGUUCAGUGUUUUGCUGAAACUGGACAAUAUCAGAAAAUUAUCUUAUAUUCUCAAAAAAUAAGUUAUGUACCAGAUUAUAUACAUCUGUUUAGAAAUGUUGUCUUACGGACCACCCCAGAUCAUGCUGUUGAAUUCGCCCAAAUGUUACUAUCUGAUGAUGCUGAACCUCUAGCUAAUAUUAACCAAGUAUUUAUUUUUAUACUAUUUUGGUAAUUUAUUAAAAAGUUAAUAUUUCUUUAAAUUUUGUAAAUUUAGAUUGUGGAUAUAUUUAUUGAGCAAAAUAUGGUCCAACAAUGUACCAAGUUCCUUUUAGAAGCAUUAAAACAUAAUCGUGAAACAGAAGGACCAUUACAAACACGUUUGCUUGAGAUGAAUUUAAUAUCUGCUCCACAAGUUGCUGAUGCUAUCCUUGGCAAUCAGAUGUUUACACAUUAUGAUCGUGCUCAUGUUGCUCAGCUCUGUGAAAAAGCCGGCCUUUUACAAAGAGCUUUAGAACAUUACACAGACUUGUAUGAUAUCAAAAGAGCAGUUGUACACACACAGUUGUUAAACCCAGAAUGGUUAAUCGGUUACUUUGGAUCUUUGAGUGUUGAAGAUUCUCUAGAAUGUUUGAAAGCUAUGUUAACUAAUAACAUCCGACAAAACCUUCAAAUUUGUGUUAAGGUAUAAACCUAAUUUGAUUAUUUACUUUAACAUUUAACAUAGUUAAUAAUUUUUUUUUCUAUGUUUUUAUUAAAAUCAGAUUGCGACUAAAUAUCAUGAGCAAUUGACAACUAAGGCAUUGAUUGAUCUUUUUGAAUCGUUUAAAAGUUAUGAAGGGCUGUUUUAUUUUUUGGGUUCUAUUGUUAACUUCAGUCAAGAUCCAGAAGUUCAUUUUAAAUACAUUUCAGUAUGUUACAAGUUAUAUUAUUUAAUUUAUGUGCAUUAGUUUCUUGUAGCUAAUGUAUUAGUAAGGUUCUGUGUGUGAAAAAAAUGUAUUUAUGUUUAUAGGCUGCUUGUAAAACUGGACAAAUUAAAGAAGUAGAACGGAUAUGUCGUGAAUCUACAUGUUAUAAUGCAGAAAGAGUUAAAAAUUUCUUAAAAGAAGCCAAACUUACAGAUCAGUUACCAUUAAUCAUUGUGUGCGACCGAUUUAAUUUUGUUCAUGAUCUUGUUCUAUAUCUAUACAGAAAUAAUUUACAAAAAUACAUUGAGAUUUAUGUACAGAAAGUAAAUCCAUCUCGAUUACCAGUUGUAGUUGGUGGUCUCCUUGAUGUUGAUUGUUCUGAAGACAUAAUUAAAAAUCUCAUACAAGUUGUCAAGGGAGAAUUCUCUACAGAUGAAUUGGUCGAAGAAGUAGAAAAGCGUAAUCGUCUUAAACUAUUGUCUUCUUGGUUGGAAUUACGUGUUCAUGAUGGCAGUGAAGAACCUGCAACUCACAAUGCUUUGGCUAAAAUUUAUAUAGAUAGUAAUAACAACCCAGAAAGAUAUUUAAAGUAUGUUAAUUUAUACAUUUUUUUAUUUCACAUUUAAUAAUUUUAAUUAUUCCACUUUUUUAGGGAAAACAAGUUCUAUGACAGCAGAGUGGUAGGCAAAUAUUGCGAGAAGCGAGAUCCGCAUUUAGCAUGUGUUGCUUAUGAACGUGGAAAGUGUGAUUUAGAACUAAUAAAUGUUUGCAAUGAAAAUAGUCUUUUCAAAUCUGAAGCAAGAUAUUUGGUUAGACGUCGUAAUCCAGAAUUGUGGUUAGAAGUUUUAAAUGAAAACAAUGUCUAUCGCCGUCCACUCAUUGAUCAAGUUGUUCAAACAGCUUUGUCUGAAACUCAAGAUCCUGAAGAUAUAUCAGUAACUGUAAAAGCUUUUAUGACUGCUGAUUUACCUAAUGAAUUAAUUGAACUACUUGAAAAGAUUGUAUUUGAUAACUCAUUAUUCAGUUCUCACAGGUACAUACAAAUUGUUCAGUUUUAUGUAUGUAUUAAUAUUUUAUAAUAUAUGUAUGGUAAUAUAUUAUGUUUUUUCAGAAACUUGCAAAAUCUUUUGAUAUUAACAGCUGUCAAAGCUGACCGAACUCGUGUUAUGGAUUAUAUAAAUCGAUUAGACAACUAUGAUGCACCUGAUAUUGCAUCAAUUGCUAUUAAUAAUGAAUUAUUUGAAGAAGCUUUUGCUAUAUUUAAGAAAUUUAAUGUUAAUCAAUCUGCAAUCCAAGUAUGAUAUUAUUAACUAUGCUAAUUUAUUAAUUUUAAUCAUAAUAUGUAUUUUAAUUUUAGGUUUUAAUUGAUAACGUAAAAAACCUUGACCGAGCUUAUGAAUUUGCUGAACGCUGUAAUGAACCAGGUGUUUGGAGUUUGUUGGCCAAGUCUCAGUUGCAAAAUAUGUUUGUCAAAGAAGCAAUCGAUUCUUUUAUUAAAGCUGAUGAUCCAAGUGCAUAUAUGGAUGUUGUACUAACAGCACACAAAACAGGUAUUAAGACAAUUGUAUUUAAACCAUUUUAGUUUUUUGAAUGGUUGGCAACAAUUGAUUAAAACAAUUAUACUAUACAUUUCAGAGAGUUGGGAAGAUCUUGUGCGUUAUUUGCAAAUGUCUCGUAAAAAGGCUCGUGAAUCUUAUAUUGAGAGUGAAUUAAUUUAUGCAUACGCCAAAACUAAUCGUCUCGCUGAUCUAGAGGAAUUUAUUUCUGGUCCAAAUCAUGCAGAUAUUCAAAAAGUAUAAUGUUCACUCUUAUUAAUGUAUUUUAUUUAACUAAAUUGUGUAAUGGGUUAAUUUAAUUUAUAGAUUGGGGAUAGAUGUUUUGAAGACAAAAUGUAUGAACCUGCUAAACUGUUGUAUAACAAUGUUUCAAAUUUUGCAAGAUUAGCCAUUACUCUUGUACAUCUUAAAGAGUACCAAGGUGCAGUCGACAGUGCCCGCAAAGCAAACAGCACAAGAACAUGGAAAGAAGUUUGUUUCGCAUGUGUUGAUAAUAAUGAGUUCAGAUUAGCCCAAAUGUGUGGUUUGCACAUAGUAGUUCAUGCAGAUGAAUUAGAAGAUCUGAUUAACUAUUAUCAAGUAAUAGAUAGAAAAUAUAUUUAUUAAUUGAUCACAAUAAAUAAUAAAUGGCUAUUUUUAAAACCAGGAUCGUGGUUAUUUCGAAGAACUUAUUAACCUUCUAGAAGCAGCAUUAGGAUUGGAACGUGCACAUAUGGGAAUGUUCACUGAAUUGGCUAUUCUAUAUUCCAAAUACAAGCCAGCUAAGAUGAAGGAGCAUUUAGAACUUUUCUGGUCUCGUGUUAAUAUUCCCAAAGUGUUACGAGCAGCUGAACAAGCACAUUUGUGGUCUGAAUUGGUGUUUUUAUAUGACAAAUAUGAAGAAUAUGAUAAUGCGGUUUUAGCUAUGAUGAAUCAUCCAACUGAAGCAUGGCGAGAGAGUCAUUUCAAAGAUAUUAUUACAAAAGUAAAAUUUACUAUUGCAUUGAUAUAUUUAUUUUAUGUUUCUUACAUAAUCUUAUAAUUUAUUUUUAUCAGGUUGCUAAUUUAGAAUUGUAUUACAAAGCAAUACAAUUUUAUCUUGAUUAUAAACCACUUCUGCUCAAUGACUUACUACUGGUGUUAACACCACGAAUGGACCACACUAGAGCUGUUGCUUACUUUACCAAGGUUUAUUUUAUUGUACAAUUAUUUUUAGUUAAAUACAUUAAUUUUUUUAAAUUGAUUUUAGACAAAUCAUUUACAAUUGGUCAAAACUUACUUACGUUCUGUGCAAUCAUUAAAUAAUAAAGCUAUAAAUGAAGCCUUGAAUAACUUGUUGAUCAAUGAGGAAGACUACCAAGUAUUUAUAUUCACAUUAGAAUUUAUGUUUGAGAACAAUAGACACAUAAUUAUUAUAUUUGUUUUAUUUUUAUAGGGUUUACGGACAUCUAUUGAUGCUUUUGAUAACUUUGACACAAUUGCACUUGCCCAAAAGCUUGAAAAACAUGAACUCACAGAAUUUAGGCGUAUUGCUGCUUACUUGUACAAAGGAAAUAAUCGGUGGAAGCAAAGUGUUGAGUUGUGCAAGAAAGACAGAUUAUACAAAGUAUGCAAUAGUUUAUUAAUAUUAUUUGUGUGUUAGUGUAUAUUUAUUAUGUUUUAUUGUAGGAUGCAAUGGAAUAUGCAGCAGAAUCUAAAAACUCUGAAGUGGCUGAAGAACUGGUAACCUGGUUUUUAGAACGUGGAAAUUACGAUUGCUUUGCUGCUGCAUUGUUUCAAUGUUAUGAUCUUGUUCACCCAGACAUCGUACUAGAACUAGCAUGGAGGCAUAACAUCAUGGAUUUUGCUAUGCCUUACCUUAUCCAAGUCACUAGAGAAUAUGUUGCCAAAGUAGAUAAAUUAGAAGAAGCAGAAUCAAAGCGAUUGGAAGAGCAUAAGGAAGAAGACAUCAAACCAAUGAUGAUGCGUAAGUAAAGAUUUUUUAAUUUUUAAUUUAUUGUUUUAUCACGUAUUAUUGUUUAUAUAGCUGAACCACAGUUAAUGUUGACGGCUGGUCCGUCAGUUAUGGGUAACAUGUACUCGCCGUCCUACCAAGGAGCUGUAGCUCCUUCACAACAACCCUAUGUACCCCAAAAUACAGCUUCAUAUGCAACUUCAAGCACUUUACCCUAUCAGAGUUAUGGCAUGUAAUGUACCAAUAUUUUAUAGGUUUCCUUCAUAGCAGUAUUUUUUAAGAAAACAAUGAUGGGCUCUGCUAAUAUUCUAUUAAACAAGUUUGCUACCCAGGUAUAAAAUAUUCGUAUUUUAUAAAGAAAUAUCAGUUUAUAAACCAUUCCAAACAUCAAAAAUUAACAUUUAUUAAAAUAGGCUUUUGGAAAAUAUAUUCUCAUCAUUGUUAGAUAAUAUUAAAUAGUUAAUGUUAAUACUUGUUAAAAUAUUACUUGUUUAAAAUAUUAAACUUCACUUUAUAACUUAUGAUUUACUUGCGUAUAAAUAUUUAAUAUUGAUUUCACGUUAAUUUUUAUAAUUUAUUUUAUUUAUACUCGUAUUAUUAUUAUAAAAUUAUUAUUAUUAUUAUUAUUAUUAUUAUUUUUGUAAAUUAUUAUUAUCAACAUUUAUUUAGAAAUAUGAAAAAAUUAUGAAGAUAAAAAUUUGUUUUUUUU